UUGUUUAGGGUAUUCCCAAAGUACUACAGGUCUCCGUAUAUAUCCAGCGGAAGCUUAGAAUAUGACGGACUGCUUUACGAUGAUACGUCCAGCAAAACCGGUGGAUCAAACCCCUCAAUUUCAAGUGCAAUAAGCUGUCCGCCGGUUAAUAUAUUUGCCGGAUUCGAUAAAGCGGAGACAUCUUCGGCUAGUAGCAUGGAAAGUCCUCGAUUUGUUCCUAAAAACAGUUUUACUCGUUCAUCCACGCUCGCUGCCGCCAAUUCAUCUCCCAGCAAAAACCUUGGCUGCUCUGCGGUUGCUGCCGAGUUCGAACUCACUUCCGGUUCUGUGUCGUGUUCGACUAUGAUGUAUUUUCCGGAAAGUGCCAGAGCCGAGUGUAGUUCGCUGCCGCUUAAACCUCAAAUUCAGUUAUUGCUACACAGAAGAACAGCGAGACCUGACCCUACUGCCUUACAUCGAAGAACGUCACAUGAGCCACUUUCUUCGCCGUUGUCCAGCGCGUUGAGGACGAUCAAGAUAUUCAAGGAGGCGGGCAACUUUCUGGGCAUCAGCAUUGUCGGCGGCAACAUCGAGGUUUCCAGGGGUUCUGUCGAAAGCCCCCUGAAGAUUUCGGGAAUAUUUGUCAAAAACGUGAUUCCGAACAGCCCCGCUGGCCGCACGGGGGAAAUCCGCAUUGGCGAUCGCAUAAUUGACGUGAAUGGCAUCGAUCUGACGAAUAGCUCGCACGAGGCGUGCGUGCAGAUUAUCAGAAACGCCCAAAACCCGGUGACGUUGACCGUUCAGAGCUUCAACUUCUUUCUGGUAAGUUCAUUUUGCAAUUAA